AUGGCCCCGGAGGACGCGGGGGGUGAGGAGGGAGAGGCCGGGGUCGGCCCCAGCCCGGAUUUGGGGGGGGUCUCGGACGUGGGGAGGGGUCUCCCCGAAUUUGGGUCUGGGGUCUCGGGGGGGGUUUACCACGAGCGGCAGCGCCUGGAGCUCUGUGCCCUGCACGCCCUCAACAACCUCCUGCAGCAGCCCUGGCUCAGCAAGGCCGAGGCUGACGGCAUCUGCCGGCGCCUCUCCCCGCACUCGCGGCCCAACCCGCACCGCAGCCCGCUGGGAACCGGAAAUUACGACGUGAACGUGGUGAUGGCGGCACUGCGCACGCGCGGGCUGGCGGCGCUCUGGUGGGACCGGCGGCGCCCCCUGGAGCGCCUGGCCCUGCCCCAAGUGCUGGGGCUGCUCCUCAAUGUCCCCUCCAGGGUGACACUGGGGACGUUGGCGCUGCCGCUGUGGCGCCCGCACUGGCUCGGGGUGCGGCAGAUCGGGGACAAGUUCUGGAACCUGGACUCCAAACUGGUGUCACCUGAGGUGAUUGGGGACGAGUCACAGCUCAGGCAGUUCCUGCGGUCCCAGCUGUCCCUGUCCCACUCUCAGCUGUUCCUGGUGGUGCCACAGGAGGUGGAGGAGGCGGGGACGUGGCUGAGGGACACUGAGUGACACCUGGGGACACUGAGUGACACUGAGUGACACCUG